CUUUCCUGCCCAGAUUGGCUUUGAACCGUGAUCCUCAGAUCUCAGCCUCCUGGUAGCUAAGAUGACAAGCGUCAUCCGCUGGCACCCGGCUCCUGGCUUACAUUUUCAAAAUCCAUACCUGUUGAUGUUCUUUUUAUCUUCUCUUAUAGAUUAACUUACCAUGGCUGAUCAGAGGCAACGCUCACUCUCUACCUCCGGGGAAUCACUAUACCAUGUUCUUGGGCUAGACAAGAAUGCAACCUCAGAUGACAUUAAAAAGUCCUAUAGGAAACUUGCCCUGAAAUAUCACCCUGACAAGAACCCUGAUAACCCUGAGGCUGCAGACAAGUUUAAGGAGAUCAACAAUGCCCACGCCAUCCUGACCGACGCCACAAAAAGGAACAUCUAUGACAAGUAUGGCUCGCUGGGGCUCUACGUGGCUGAGCAGUUCGGGGAGGAGAACGUCAACACCUACUUCGUGCUCUCCAGCUGGUGGGCCAAGGCCCUGUUUGUCUUCUGCGGUCUCCUCACCUGCUGCUACUGCUGCUGCUGCCUGUGCUGCUGCUUCAACUGCUGCUGUGGGCGGUGCAAGCCAAAGGCACCGGAGGGCGAGGAGACGGAGUUCUACGUGUCGCCCGAGGACCUGGAGGCGCAGCUGCAGUCUGACGAGAGGGAGGCCACAGACACACCAAUUGUCAUACAGCCAGCGUCCGCCACAGAGACCACCCAGCUCACAGCUGACUCCCACCCCAGCUACCACACCGACGGGUUCAACUAAGUUCAGGAGCAGCUGUGCUAGAGGAUGAAUCAGUACCGGCCACUGCAACCCAGAAUCAUGAACUGUAGUCACGAGAUGGGGGCGGUCACCGGCCGGCCUUGGCUGGGCCUGGCUCCUCCACCCUCUGCGCCCGCCCAUCCACCCGCCCUUGACACACGAAGUGCGUAGCAUGCAGUAUUUAAAGCGGUGUAGCUACGGUC